GAGUGUGGGGGCGGAGCAGUGCGAGUCUCCUUGGGGCUUGGGCGAUCUCGUCCUUCUGUUGGGCGGCCUGGUUGUCGUCCCGAGUGACCCGCGGGCGCCAUGGGUGGUGCGGGCAGCUCUCCGCGGAGAGUCACCUUCGAGGCGGACGAGAACGACAACAUCACGGUGGUGAAGGGAGUCCGGCUGUCUGAAAAUGUUAUAGAGCGCAUGAAGGAGCCUUCUUCACCUGGUGGAAGGUUUCAGCAGAAAUCAGGCUCUGGUGGCCAUGGCGUGAUUGGCGGUACUUCAGUGAAUGAAGAAGACUUGAAGAAAAGAAUAGCUGAAGAAUUGGCAUUAGAACAGGCCAGGAGAGAUGCUGAAGCUCAUAAAAGAUUAAAACAAAACCAAAUGCAUGUUCGAGAUGAAAUCAGCAAAGUUCUUGAGCGUGAACGGGCUGCCUCAAAUGAGCAUUUGGCCAGAUCCAUUCUUAGAGAAAGAGCUACAACUGAAGAGGAGCGCCUGAAAGCGCAGUUGUUGGCCAAGCAGCUGGAAGAGAAAGACAGAGAGCUGAAGAAGCACGAUGCUUACUACAAAGAGCAGCUGGCUCGACUGGAAGAGAGUAGUUCACAAUUCUACAAAGUGACUACAGAGCAAUACCAAAAAGCUGUUGAGGAAGUAGAUGCCAGAUUCAAGCGAUACGAGUCUCAUCCAGUGUGUGCUGACUUGCAGAGCAAAAUCCUCCAGUGUUAUCAGGAAAACUCCCAGCAGACGCUCAGCUGCUCAGCCCUGGCCAGCGAGUACUUAAAGUGUGUCAACCAUGCCAAGCAGAGCAUGGUUGGCAGAGGAGGAUAAAAGCCCCUCCGCAUCAAGCGUCAAUCCAUCGACUCCAGUUCCAACAGCAGAAUGGGGUGUUUUAUUCAAGAGCAAUCCGGCAGCCCAUUUGCAGGGCAGGCAGUGUGAGAGAGCAAAUCUAGAAGGGCCAAAUCAAGACCAGCGGACAGCACAGUUCGAUCAACGUGGCCAAGACCUGAAUCACAUUAUGCUUGAGAUCGCACAUCUGAGGGCACCUUGUAAACCCCAUUUACCAGUUACUGAAGGAAGAAAGGCAAGGCAAAAACCUUCUGCUGACCAAUACUGCCAUUUUCACUGCAGCCGCUUUUCUCGACGUGCUUUGGCCGCCUGCUGUGUUCUUCGAAACAUUGCAUUUUCCUUACAUAAUCAUGAGGAUGUUGGUUUAAUUUAUUGCCAAAAUUAUGUCACCAAAAGGGUAAUCUGUCUUCCCCUCUGCUGGAAUCAUGUUUCUAAAACCUCCAUUGCAUAGGAGUUCAUUGAUUGCAAAUUAUAAUUGUAAUAAGGCAUUUGAUUAUAUUGUAACAGUAGCCUGGGAUUGUGCUGUGCUAUCACCAAGUACUGACAAUUAUGUUCUCUCAGCAUCAAUAAUAAAACACAUUUUGUGAAAUGAA